AUGGUUCCCAAACCUGAUAAGCACAACAGCUCAACAGAGGAUGAAGAAAUAUAUGGUAUUCUUGACAAGCCUAAUAUUAGGCACGUCCAAUUUGGCUUGAAUAAAAGAUUUGCAACUUGGUACGGGAGUAAUGUUUAUUUUGGAAGAAAUAAGAGGACCUUGGGCUUCAAGGAAUCGAACAAUGAGCACACCGCAAAACAAAGCCCUACUGAAAAGAAGUUUGAAGAUCAGUAUUGGAUUGAUACCCUAUACGUAUGUGAAUAUUGUUUCAAGUACACUGAUGAUGAAGCAGAGUUAAUCGCACAUGAGUGCUUUUGCCGAUAUAAGAAUAAGCCACCCGGUAGAAUAAAAUACAGAAGCCCCGAAUACACUAUACGAAGGGUAAAAGGUUCUAAGCAUGAAGUUUUCUGCCAAUGCUUAUGUCUAUUUACUAAGCUAUUUCUUGAUAACAAGUCUGUCUACUUCAAAGUUAAGCAUUUCGAAUUCUAUAUUGUGUAUGAGAACAAUUCUACAGUACCGAUGGCAUUUUUUUCAAAAGACUUAUAUUCCUACCACCAAAAUAACCUUGCAUGUAUUCUUGUCUUUCCGCCCUAUCAAAGAAGAAGAUUGGGUACUCUCUUGAUUGAGUUUUCCUACACUUUAUCAAGAUGUCAGGGUCUGAUUUCGGGUCCUGAAGUUCCUCUAUCUCCUUUCGGUUUAAUUGGCUAUCUUAAAUUUUGGUCUUUCUCAAUAGUUUGGCAGUUGACUGAAGGUAAUUUGAAAGAUGUGGCCCAGGUCACUUUGAAGGAUCUUUCCGAGGCCACUGGUUUUAGAAUCAAUGAUAUAAUUCAAGCUCUCAAAUAUCUUGAUUGUUUAAGUGAUUCUGAAAUAAGACUCAAUAUCAUCCGUUCAUGGGCAAGACGCAACAAGGUAUCCCAUGGAUUUAUGAUCAAAGAUGAAUAUCUACUACUUGAUGAUUAA